AACAGUUUACAAUUGAUUAAACACAGAAUAAUGAAGUUAAUUUUUUGCUUUGUCGUAAUUUUCUUAGUCGCCACUGAUGCGCAGAGAUGGCGUAGAUCUAGUAAUGGCAACAAUAAUAACCGAAUUACUUGCCCCGACACGUGUGAUGAUGAUUUUGAUGAAGUUGUUUGCGCUUACAAUGGAGAAGAUCAAAGAAUGUUCAUGGGAACUUGCCGAAUGGAACAAUAUAACCAAUGCUAUGGAGACAACUAUGAAAAAAUAAACCAGAAUAAAUGCAGGAUGAAUUAAAUUAUUGACAGCUUUCUGGCAUUUCAUGGUGGUUCUUCAUUAUUUAAUAAAUAAAUUAAUGUAAUAUGUUUCCUUGAGAUGACUGAAAUGUAUUUAAAGAUUGUAUUUCCUAUUCCAGUUCCAUAAAAGAAAUAAAAAUAUUGUUUGAAAUGAUGAA